ACGUGUGAAAGAUUCAGUGAAUAUAAUUGGUGGUUCGAAGGUUAAUAUAGUUAUGUUUCCAAAAAGGAUAUCUAAGAUUUGUAAUCUGCCAUGGAGAUUGAGGAAACUCUGUUUUCUCCUGUUACUCAUGGUUCUCGUAAACGUCGUCCUUCUGAACCUAUUGUCCAUCGACGGCACUAGUGGGAAAGAACGAGACCUCGCCGAUGGGUCGUUUAGGAACCUCAGCAAUGACCCUCGUGCAGCAGGUCCUCGGAGGAAGGCCGUGGUUCUCUUCUCGAGAUGGCGCAGCGGUUCCACGUUCAUGGGGGAGCUGCUGAAGAAGGCCGGCAGAGGGAUCUUCUAUAGUUAUGAGCCCCUCUAUGAAUACGGCGUCCACGUUCUCAACGAGGACGUGGAAGAGACUCGCAUGGCCGUCGAGGAGGUGAAGCACAUUUUGCGCUGCCGAUUCGACUUUGGCAAAAUCGAGGAGAUUCUGCGAUCGAACCCCCUCCUGCGCGAAGCUUGCAAGACGAGCGGCUAUUGCAAAGACGCGAACCAGACGGCCGAGGUGUGUCGAAGGUCUAGUCUGCACGUGGCAAAGGUGCUUCGCUUGGGACUUCAGUGGGCGCGACCUCUGCUGGAGAUGGAGGACGUCGAUGUCAAAAUUAUCUACAUGGUUCGUGAUCCUCGGGCGGUUCUCAGUUCACGAGCGAGAAUCGCCUGGUGUACCACCCCGACCUGCAAGGACGUGAAGACCGUCUGUUCCCUGUUGGAGGAUGACCUGCUAGAAGCAUACUUCCUGCAGCAGGAUUACCCUACAAGGUUCCACUUCAUCCUGUACGACAAGUUCUGCCAGACUCCCUUCGCCGCUCUUCAGGAACUCAUGGAUUUCCUCGGCCUGCCGGUGACCAAAGACCAAGAGAAGAUCCUCCAGUCCAAGCUACCUUCUAUGGACCCCUUGUCCAUCUACAAGAACAGCUCCGCGCAAUUCCAGCUGUGGCGAAAGCAGGCCUCCUUCACCCAGGUCGUCUUGCCCGUCCAGCGCUGGUGUUGGGAGUCGCUGGAGAACCUGGGUCUUAGGAUAUUUUUCUCGGAGAAGGACCUCGCUAACUUGACUCUCCCUGUCCUGCUGCCGCCUGGAGAAACUAGCGAGCCUGAAAUAUAGAGGGUGUUCGCGGUCUCGUGUGGUUGAGCCAAGACUUUUUGAUAACGCGCAUUAUGCCAUGAUAAUAGUUGAAGUUAGUUUGUAUAGUUGGUCGCCAAUGUAUUCCUUAUCUUUUAAUGCCAUUUCUUUGAUUUCUUGAAAUGUCUUUUACUUUAAAACGUGUGACACUACGAAUUCGAAGUUUCGAAGCGGGCGACUUAUUAAACUUAUUUUAUCAGCCAUUUUAUCAGUCA